AUGGCGGCGGCUGCUGCUGCUUCUCCUGUCGCAGAUGUUAAGCUCUUCAAUCGUUGGUCCUUCGAAGAUGUGGAGGUUUCUGACAUGUCAGUAGCCGACUACAUUGCGGUGAAUCCUCCGAAGCAUGGUAGUUAUCUUCCACACACUGCAGGACGGUUCUCUGUAAAAAGGUUCAGGAAAUCACAAUGUCCAAUUGUUGAAAGGUUGACGAAUUCUUUGAUGAUGCAUGAUCGCAACAAUGGGAAGAAACUGAAGGCUGUUCGCAUUGUUGAACAUGCAAUGAACAUCAUUCAUCUCUUCACUGAUACAAACCCAAUUCAAAUCAUUGUAGAUGCUGUCAUUAAUAGUGGUCCACGUGAGGAUGCUACUAGAAUUGGAUCUGCUGGUGUUGUUAGGCAUCGGGCUGUUGAUAUUUCCCCUCUCAGACGGGUUAAUCAGACAAUAUAUCUUCUCACAACAGGUGCUCGUGAGAGUGCUUUUCGAAAUAUCAAGACAAUUUCUGAAUGUCUUGCUGAUGAAUUGAUUAAUGCAGCUAAGGGUUCUUCCAAUAGUUACGCUAUCAAGAAGAAGGACGAGAUUGAACGUGUGGCAAAGGCAAAUCGUUGAAUUAGCCAAUUUUUCAAAAAUACAUGCAAAUCCUCAAAUGAAAUGAUUUCUUGCCCUUUUGAAUUACAUUUAAU